AUGUCUUCUACUUUCUUCAGUAUUAUGCUCUCCAAUUUGAAUCUAUCUAUCUAUCUAUCUAUCUAUCUAUCUAUCUAUCUAUUCUACUUUACUUUGUUUUAUUCUGUUCUAUCUAUCUAUCUAUCUAUCGAUCUAUCUAUCUAUCUAUCAGUUUACCCCAUUCUUUUGAUUAUCUAUCUAUUUCAGUGGGAUCAUAUCUAUCAAAUUAUCGCAUUAAAUAUAUUAUAUAAAUAUCUAUCCAUCUCAGUCCCUAUUAAUCAAUCUUUCAUUCUGUUUAUUAUCUAUCUAUCUAUCUAUCUAUCUAUCUAUCUAUCUAUCUAUAUCAUCCUGUUUAUUAUCUAUCUAUCUAUCUAUCUAUCUAUCUAUCUAUAUCAUCCUGUUUAUUAUCUAUCUAUCUAUCUAUCUAUCUAUCUAUCUCAUCCUGUUUAUUAUCUAUCUAUCUAUCUAUCUAUCUAUCUAUCUAUCUAUCUAUCUAUCUAUCUAUCUCAUUCUUUUUAUUAUCUCUCUCAGUCUGAUCAUAUCUAUCUCCUUAUAUUAUUAAACUGUCUGGCCUAUCUCUAUCUCAUUCAUUUGCUCUCUCUCUCUCUCUCUCUCUCUCUCUCUCUCUCUCUCUAUCUAUCUACUUUUCUUACUUUCUCGCUCUCUCAUCUCAGUUCCUUCUUUAUUUUUCUGUCACUCCUGUCUAUCUUUUAUUCUAUCAGCCCUCUCUUUCUAUCUUUUUUCCCUAUUCCUCCUCACACUUUCACUAUUCCCUUUGCCCACGACUCUCUUUCUAACGAACAUUUCACUCCCAGAUUUCUUUCUCUAUAUAUCCCCUCUCUCACUCACACCUCUCACUUUACCUCACCUAUUUCUUUCCAUAUAUAUCCUUCCUAUUUCUUCCUCCCUCUACGUCUUUCGCUCUUUUUCUCUCUCAUAUUUAUUUAA